UCACCACUGUUACCGUCACCACAGCUCUAGUGUCUAGUCACUGUCACACGGUUGGCCUCCGCUCGGUGAUUACCUGGCUGGCAUCUUGAUAUCACAGUGGACCAAGGAUUCUAUAUUCCUUGUUGUGGACUGUCUGCUGUAUGGACAGGAAUCCACAACGUUUAAGUUAUGGCCUUGGUGAGGGCUAGCUUCAUGGGGAGGUUGUGGCCACAGAGACCAGCUGUGUGUAGCAUUUGGGCCUCUCAGUUCAGCUUACAUGUGGCAUCCCUUCCCCGGAGAAAGCCGCUGCAUCUUGUACCCUCUACAGUGUUCCUGGCAGCCCCCUCUGUGCUGAAGGCUGGGACCUCACGCCAGUACUCUGUCGAGCUUGAUGACAUACGGUACGAACAGAUCAGUGACGAGACCUUGGAGUCCCUGUCAGAGUACCUAGAGGAGCUGGUUGCCCUGGACACUGCACCCCAGGACUGUGAUGUGCUGUACAGUAGUGGAGUGCUGACUGUUCACCUGGGGACUAAUGGCACCUACGUCAUCAACAAGCAAACCCCAAACAAGCAGAUCUGGCUGUCCUCCCCCACCAGUGGCCCCAAGAGGUUUGACUUUCAGGGUGGAGUGUGGGUGUAUCGCCACUCAGGGGAGACUUUGCAUGGCCUCCUCACUGUUGAGCUCUCCAAGGUGUUCUCCAGCAAUGUAGACUUCCUGGCCUGUGCCUUUGGGAGUUCUGAAUCUGCUUGAGGCCUUGAGGAACUGAAACUUGUAUAUAACAUUGAUGAACUGAGGAACUGUAUAUAACUGGUGUUUGGAGAGGUUUGUGUGUUUGUGCAGGUUCUAAAACAUUUGUGGACCUCUUGAGCUGUGGAUGUGAGAGUGGUGAAUCUGCCUGAGGACUUAAGGAACUGAGAUGUGAAUAAUGUUGGUGUUUUGAAAGGUUUAGGUAUCACUGCAGCUCCUUAAAAGUUGAUGGACUUCCUGAUCAGUGCCUUUGGGAGUUCUGAGUCUACCUGUGGACUUUAAUCUACGACUGGCUGAUUAAGAGUGACUGAUAACUUGACUAAGACUGAUGUAUAAUGUACUGCACAUAGAUAUAGAACAUAAUGACACAAGAAAUAUGCACAAAUAUAGUGAGCAAAUACGA